AUUUGUGAAACUUCUGAUUAAUUGUCUACUCUCUCUCUCUCUGCAGCUUCACUUGUUUUUCUUUGCUUUCUCUUUCUUAGUCAGUUUAAGAAAUCAUGCAAUGAAGGGAAGAGGAAACACAAUCAGUUAUUGUAAAAAGCUUCUGAUUUUUGUACAUUUUUCAAAUUUCUACUCUAGCUGUUUUCUCAACAAGUCAGCAGCUGAUAAUCAACACACAGAACAAAGCUAAUAGACUUCCAAUUUUUCUGGACCUGCUAAAAUCUCCUUUGUGAGCUUGGAAGUACUAACUCAACUCGUCGGACAAAAACAGAAAAGUUCAUAAUGGCGGAAGCCAUUGUCAGUCCCUUUGUUCAGAAGCCUGCAGAUUACACUAUUGCUGCAAUUUCCCUCCAAUUUAAGUACAUGUUUCGCUACAAUAGGAACAUUCAAAAUUUGAGUUCUAAAGUGCAAGAUCUUGAAAAUAAGAGAAAUGAAGUGCAAUUAUCUGUGGAUCAAGCAAAAAGUAAUGCAUUAGUUAUUAACCCAGAGGUGGACGCAUGGCUGAAAAAGGUUGAUGAUUUAAAGGAACAGGCUGAUGAAUUUUUGAACAGCACAACAAAUUCUGAAAUGCGAUGCCUGUACCUUAGGUGUCCAAAUUUGAAGACCCGUUACUUGCUGAGCAGAAAUGCCACAAAGAAGAUUACUGCAAUUGAUGAGCUCCAAGUAAAAGGUGAUAAAUUAGGUGAGGUGGGCGUACGUGCACCACUACAGUUGCUGCCUGUCCAUGGGUCUGAGGCUUUGAAGUCAAGGAUAUCAACUAAGAAGGAAAUCAUAAAAGCUCUAGAGGACACUCGUAUCAGCAUAGUUGGGAUAUAUGGCCUGCCUGGGGUAGGUAAGACCACAAUGGCACAGGAAGUAAUGACUCAAGUACUCAAAGAUAAAUUAUUUGAUGAGGUUGCCAAGGUAGUUGUUUCUAAGGAUGUAGACAUAAUAAGAAUUCAAUAUGAACUUGCUGAAAUGCUCGAUUUGUCAAUAAAUGUUACUAAAAUGAGAAUUCUAGUAAUAUUAGAUGACGUAUGGACAGACAUUAAUUUGGAAACAUUGGGAAUUCCUUCAUUAAAUCGUCCUGAGGGGUUGAAAAUUCUGUUGACAUCACGGGACAAACUGGUCCUUGAAAGGAUGGGAGCUCGUAACAUUGAAGUUGGAGUUUUGUCUGGAGAAGAAGCUUUUGCAUUUUUUCAAAAUGUGGCAAAGAUUUCUAAUGAUGCUACUGGACUGAAGGACAUAGCAGAACAAGUUGCAGAGGAGUGUAAAGGUUUACCUCUUGCACUUGAGGUUGUUGGCAAAACACUCGUAAACCGAGAACUGUAUGUAUGGAGGGAUGCACUUAAUCAAUUGCGGCAUUAUCAACAUGGUGAUGAGGUAUACUCAAGAAUACAGUUCAGCUACAACUAUUUGGAAAGUGAUGAACAUAGGUCCUUUCUUUUGUUAUGCUCUCUUUUCCCUGAAGACGAGAGUAUUUCAAUUGAAAGUUUGGUUACAUAUGCAAGGGGUCUAGAACUGUUUCAAUAUACCGACACAUUAUUAGCUACCAGAAAUCGGGCAUAUACAAUCUCUGAUACUCUAAAAAGUCGUCAUUUGUUACUAUCAGGUGAUAGGGGGGAGGAUGUCAAAUUGCAUGAUGUUAUCAGAGAUUUUUGUUUAUCGAUUGCAUCUAAACGUGAACAUAGGUAUAUGGCGAAACAUGAUAUAACAACAGAGUGGCUAGAACAUGAUAACCAUGAAUCCUACGGUGCCAUCUCACUAACAUUUCAAGGGGAGGUUUCGUUACCCAGUAGUUUACAGUAUGGGAACCUCAAGUUCUUAUGGGUGCAAUCUUUUCGGAGUGGAAGUGUAAUUGACAUACCCGAAGAUUUUUUUGAUUAUAUGCAGGAACUUAGAGUUAUUCAUUUCUCUGGAGUUCAAAUUCCAUCACCGAUCCGACUGCCGCCAGGUCUUCGAACUUUGUGCUUGUUCAACUGUGAUUUAGAGAUUGGAUUGUCAUUCUUUGAAAGUCUAAAGAAGUUGGAAAUUCUCUUAUUUGUUGGUUCUUCUGUCUCUAUUGAUUUUCGCUCUGACGAAAUGGUAGAACUUAGCAACCUAAGGUCUCUGGGUUUGGGGUUGAUGGAAGAUCCCCACAUACUUCCCCCAGGUUUACUGUUCGGUAUAAAGAAACUAGAAGAGUUGUAUUUGGGAAGUUGUCUCAACACAAUAGAUGAAGAAAACGAGCACAUUAUCAAAGAGUUAAGUUCAUUGAAGGAUCUCAAGACUUUUCAAAUUAAGGCUUUCGAUGCUCGGGUUCUGACGCAAUUAUUACAAGAGUGCUCUGAGCAGCUUGAGAAGCUGGAAAGAUUUCAAAUCUGCAUGAAUUUCUUUAGUCAAUCUGAUCAUUUUCGAAGGGAAUUGAAUCUCCACGAUAUUGAUGGAAACAUGCUUUUGGAACCUGGAAUUAAGUCAUUAAUGAGAAGAACUGACAAACUUUCUCUGUCAGUGGAAGGCUGGAACAAUCCUGUCAUUGAGUUAGUUGAAGAUGGUUUCAGUGACUUGAAGAGUCUGAAACUAACCGGUUUGGAUUCUGAAUAUCUUAUUGAUGCUACAGGCUCCAUUCCAAGUGGAAUCUUCGGCAAUUUGAAAUAUCUGGAAUUGAUUAGUAUGCGUUAUCUGAAAGAGAUACACAAUGGAAAUCUUCCAAGGAUGGAACCUGCACCGUUCCGCAACCUCAAAGAAACUGUAGUAGACAGUUGUCCUAAAAUUAAGAGAGUGUUUUCUGAGUCAGUUGCAAAAUGCAUGGUUAAUCUCCGAUCUGUAGAUAUAUCAUCAUGUCUGACAUUAGAAGAAGUUGUUUCAAUGGACACGCAAGAAAAUGAAAUUACCGAAUCGCCCAGCAAAAUUGUGUUCGGUAAAUUGAGGAGAAUAAAACUAAUGGAUCUUCCAAGAUUCAAAAUGUUUUGCUCUCAUAACCGUGAACUUGUGUUCCCUUCACUUGAUCAAAUGAUUAUUCAACAUUGCCCUGAGAUGACAAAUUUUUAUUUUACUCGGGACAGCUAAAUGCGCCAAAGCUCAAGGGAGUACAGAUAGGAAACGACGAAGUUAAUAACAUUUCCAAUUUCCCUAGAUUGUGAUGCAGCUAGAAUAAAAGACAAAGUAAUUACACUCGACAUAUGGUGACAACAAAGACUAUGACUAUGGAGAAUGAAGUGCAAAGUCUACUCGAUUUUUACGCAUUUAGCUCGAGGUCAUGCCUCUUCUUAACUAUGUGCUAUUUUUAUUUCGUUUUCAACAAAUCAUGUCACAUUUAGUGGUUAAAUUGUCAAGUGUUUUGAAAUGACACAAAUUUGUAAUUCUUGAUAUAUCGAGUUAUUUUUUUAUAU